ACUAUGUAGUUCCAGUGACCGCAAAUAGUAGGUCUUCAUGAACACGUGCAUGUUUAUAACCCCAAAUAAAAAAUUCUAUUAAUUUAAAUAUUGCCAGAAAUCUAUUGAUAGUGUGGUUUAUGUAUUAUUGAUCCAAAAUGAAUUUGCUUGAAGAGGAAGAAGAAUUCAGUCAAAACUCUUCUGAAGAUAAUUUCACAGACGAAGAAUUAGCACAACAGCCCCCAAAAAAACGCAAGACAAAGAGUGACACUGACGGUAAACUGAAAAAAAUAAAAUACGAGGACAUUACUUCAAAGCCCGAGAAGCCGAAAAAUGAGCUUUACAAACCCCCCACCGUUGAGGAAUUGAACGAAUUGAAAGAAACGCAAAAUUUGUACAAUAACAACUUGUUUCGCCUACAAAUCGAGGAGUUAAUUAAGGAGGUUAAAAUCAAGAAUAAACACAGAAAUGCCUUCAAAGAUUGGUACCAGUCGUUUGAAAGUUUCCUAAACGAGUUGCCUGAAUAUAAUGUUCAAUUAUCCGAAAUUAAGCUCAAAAAGAAAAAGAAAUUGUCCGAGAUUGACAACUUUAUUAGCGGAAUUGCAAAUGAGGCCCUUAAAAGUGACCAGGAUUUCACCCUGAAGUUUACAAAACCUGAAAAAAGCGAAAUUUUUGGCUUAGACGCGAUCAAUGCCUUGCCAGGCCCCAAACUACGCGUGAAUAUCAACCUGACAAUGCCCCGAGAGUGUUUCAAUGUUAAAGACUACCUAAAUAAUCGAUAUUUAGUGAAACGCUAUUACUUUCUUGCCUAUAUUUUUUAUCACCUGAAGGAAAAAAAACUGAGCGGUGAUAUUGACUGGACUUGGCAGCAUACCAAGCUUUUGCCAGUGCUACGAAUAAAACUGCACGAAAAAAUCACAAUUAAAAUUUUCGCCACUCCUACUGAUAAUUACUUCAAGCUUUCGCGCUUUUUGCCGGACAUUAACAACGUAAAAGUUGACGUUUUCAACGUGGGGGCUAUUACAGAGGCCCCCACGAUAUACUACAACGCUUCGCUAGCGCAUGAUGCCACUCUCACUUUAAACAAUUCGUUCAUUCGUGAAACUUUAACCGAACUGACAAACGCCCAAGAAGCAGUUAAGUUGAUUUAUGUCUGGCUCGUUCAAAGGGGGCUCAACGAGGGACUGGGGGCCUUCACCGAUGAACUAAUACUUUACUUCAUCGUUUACUUAUUCACCAAAAAGAAAAUCAACAAAUACAUGAGCUCGUAUCAAAUCGUUCGCAAUUUUUGGAAUUUUAUCAGCGACUCUGAUUUGAGUAAAACGCCCCUGAGUCUGAGUGAUGACACAAAACCGGAGGUUUUAGACUCGUUUAAGGAAAAUUACGACGUUGUUUUGUUGGAUCGGAGUGGUUGUUACAACGUUGCGUCAUUUCUCAAUUUACAAGUUUAUAAAAAAAUCAAAAGUGAGUGCGAAAUCGCGUUUAAACUCCUAGACGGAGGGAUAAAUUCGUUCCAUUCGCUUUUUAUCACGAAAUUAACACUCGAGCUUCAGUACGAUUUGAUUCUGAACGUUAAAGUCGCAAAAAUCGGCGAGAAAAUGACCGACGAUGAGCGGACGAAAUUUUUGGGUCACCCGGAACUGUUCGUUAUAAAAUAUAUACAGGGUGUGUUAGAAAAGGGGUUAAACAAGCGCGCAACACUCAUCGUUCCCAUAGUAACAACACAAAGCCAAGUCGAUAAAAUCACCUUUGGGAUUAACUUAGACCAAAGUAAUGCGUUUCACAUUUUGGAAAAAGGCCCAGCUCUUAAUGACCCUCAAGAGCGGGAGUUUAAGGAAUUUUGGGGCGAUUUGGCCACUGAUCGGCGUUUCAAGGACGGUUCUGUGUGUGUUGCUGUUUAUUUCGAGACCCAAACAAUCAAACAAAGGCGCGAAAUAAUUAAAACUAUUGUUGAUUGGGUCAUUUGUAAAAAACUGGGCUUGGAGUAUUCGCUUCAUUACGACGAGUUUGAAGAGCUAUUGGUUAAUAAGAAAGUGACCGCCCCCUACCCCACCGCAACCAAUGAGGAUGGCUGUGUGCGAGCAAUCGCAGCGAGUGACGAAUUAGGCAAAAAAUUGCGAAGUCUCGAAAUGCCGUUGGCAAUCACCGGAGUGCAGGGAAUCACCGAUGUUUUCAGUUUCACCGAUGUAUUCCCGCCAAUUUCGACCAAUUACAGGAGCGGAAGUUUAGUAACUCCGCCCCUGGAAAAUAAUAUAGUCCUCAACGAGAAAAAACGCGGGAUUGUGCCAAGAUACGUCAAACCAAUCGAGUGUGUCUUGCAAUUAGAACACAGCUCAAAAUGGCCGAAGAACUUGACCGCCAUUCGACAUAUGAAAACCGCCUUCUAUUUAGAAAUCGCCAAACAAUUGGACAAGAAGCACAAGAUCGUAGCAAGCGUCAAGCCGGAAUUUCUCGACGUUUUGUACGAAGGUUACGUCUUCAGGUACCGUCUGUACCUGCCCCGGGAGGUGGGGCUUCUGAAGCGCGAGUCGACCAAUAACGGCGUGACAACGUACAAGGACACGCCCAUGAGCCGGGACAUCGAAUUGCAAUUGGGGAUUUUGCCACGUGUUACGGGCGCUCUUAAAGGCAUCCAAUCACAGUUUCCGAGCUUUGGACCUAGCACCGCCCUUAUCAAACGGUGGCUAAGGUCACAACUCAUUGACGACUACCACUUUCCCGACCACGUGAUUAAUUUACUCAACGCUUCGUUGUUUCUCAAGGGGGCUUCGGUGACCCCCCAAGUUGGCUUUUUGCGAUUUUUGAAAUUUGUUAGCGAGCUUCAGUGCGAUAUUCAGGCGGUUGUGGUCAAUUUCAACAAUGAGAUUGCAAGUGAGACACUUGCAGAAAUCGACUCGAAACUCCUCCAAAAUCGCGAGGCUUUGCCCGAUUUAUUUAUCGCAAUGCCGUACGACGGCUGUGAGUCUGUUUUUACCAAAAGGGGGCCCUCGAAGUUGGUCUUGCGGAGGGUCAAACAACUGGCAAGUGAGUCUUUGAAUUGUUUUGGGCAAAUCAUCAAAGGAGAGAGUUUUGGUUCAAUUAAAAGCUUGUUUAUUCCGAAUCUUGAGGGGUACGAUGUUAUUAUUCACUUGCGCCCCCUUUUGAACCCCGUACGACACGAACAAGUCACUGGGGACGAGUCCGAGGGGCAAAUUGUUUUGGAGGAAUUUAACAGAAACGAAAGCACGAAAAUUCCAGUCACUGGCUUUAACCCAGUUCAGUUGUAUUUGGCCGAACUGCGCAAACAUUACGGCGAUUUUGCCAAUUUUUUCCACGAUACGUACGGAGGUAAUUUUAUCGGGGUUUUGUGGAUACCUAAAGCUUUGGAAAGUCGAGACUUCAAGGUGUCUUAUGCAAGCGGGAGGAAACUUGUGAAUGGAAAAUUGGAGCUGAACGUGGAUGCGUUGAUUGAAGACUUUUAUAUUGUGGGAAAAGGCUUAGUCAAGUCAAUUGAUAAGAAGAAAUAAAAAAUCAAACAAU